CACAGAGACCAGCCCGUUGGAUCAACAUGAUGAGUUUUAAUGUGUUUCUUCUGUUGAAACUUCUACUGAUAUCAGAGUUUCACAGUCACUGUUUAUGCUUUUUGCAUCAGUACCAUUUUGUAAACAUUAACCUGACCUGGACUGACGCCCAGGCUUACUGCAGAGAGAACUACGCUGACUUGGCUACCAUUGACAAUAUGAAGGAGAUGAAAAGACUAACUGAGUCUGUAGACACUGAUUAUACUGGAGAGGCUUGGAUAGGACUGAAGAAAGGAACAUCAUGGAGAUGGCAUUGGUCCUCAGCAGAAGGAGAGACUGGGUACACCAACUGGGAUAAAGGUCAACCAGACAACAGUAAAAAUAAUGAGCACUGCACUGAUUUCGGAGACAGUGGUGUAUGGAAUGAUGCUCCCUGUUCAGUACGACUGUAUUUCAUCUGUUAUACUGCUCCCACCUGUAAAGACGGAAUAAAUGCUACCUGGAACUUCACCUGGAUUGAUAAAAAUAUGAAUUGGUCUGGUGCUCAGAACUACUGCAGAUACAGUUACACAGACCUGGCCACUGUGAGGAAUAAAGAAGAUAAUGACUUGAUACAUAAGAUGGUUACAAGUGGCACUUGGGUGUGGAUUGGCCUGUUCCAGGACACAUGGGAAUGGUCAGACCUGUCAAACUCCUCAUUCCGUAACUGGAAAAUGGGUCAAAAUGAUAAUGAGAAUAACACAUGUGCUUUAGUACAGGUCACCUGGCCUGGGACAUGGGAUAUGACACCAUGUGAUGAAAAGCAUCCAUUUGUAUGCUAUGAUGGUGAGUAAUGUAACUUUUCUGGGAGGAGUGGCCAAUUCUCACCUUUAUCUAGCAACUUUAAUUUAUACUAUUUUAAAAAUAAAUUACACUUAUAGUUGGUGUU